UAAAAAUUUUUGAAAAAAUGAAUAACAUAUAAGGAUAUGGAUUAGAUAAGCCAUCAGUUAGAUUACAUCAAGCCCCUGGAGGAAAUUCAACAAUCUCAUUUGUACAUACCAUAUUUAAAAGGAAAAGGGAGACUAUACACCUUAAUAGGAAGUAGUUAAACCAUUAGGAAGAAAAUAAGUCAAUCAACCUCCUGUUUAAUAAGAAAAGCAGGAUGCUAAAACAUCAGUUAAAGUAAGAAAUCCUCCAGGUGGCAGAUCUUAAAUAUAGUUUGGAUGAGUAUAAAUUAUACAAAUUACUAAAAU